UAACUGGCUUGAAAAGAACCUUGGCAAUUUCUCCAAUUAUGCAUCUUUGGAAGAGCUGAAAAUUCUAAAUGCAAAUUUGUCUAGCGUGAGUAACCAACUUUAUGUGUCUUGUGGGUUUUACUGUAGUAGUUAAAGCUGGUCUCUGGAUUUUGUUGGAGAGAGCAGGCAGCUGCUGUACCACUGUCUCUUUGUUUUCCUUGUGGACCUGGUGUGAACAGAAUGUGUGAUAUGCCUGUUUUGUCCUGCAGGUUGCAGUGUUAGGCCUACUGUCCAGUGAGCAGAAGGCACAGUUCAUCUUGCAGCCGGAUUCAGGAGUGUUGGGAAAUGACUCUGUGUUUAGAGAGGUGUUUAGCAGUGUGAUCACAUCUUUAGAUCUGAAUCAACUUGGCGGCUUUUUCACAGCCUUCAAUCAGACUGCAAUACAAAUGAACUUGACCAGCAUUCCUCCAACAAUAUCAGAUACCAUUCUGAACAUGACGCUCUUGUAUCUGGUGCCUCACUUCCAAAGUUUCAGCCCAGAUGACUUUGCCCUGUGGUUCCAGACUUACCUUUCCUUCUUCCUUCCUGGGAUUGGUCCAAACACCCUGUCCAUCAUCCCCAUGAACAUCAGCUAUGACUCCUACAGAGAGAUAGUGAAAGGACUUGAUAAUGUGUACAGUGACCUCUCUGCAGCACAGUCCAACAUUGUCUUCAAUUACACACAAGACUAUCUCAAGUACCAGUCCAGCCAAGGCCUGAGCUGCUAUGACAGCGGAAGCUUCUACAUGUUCCUGAAAGAGUUGUUCCUCAGUUUUGGAUUCCCCAACCUGAAGGAUUUCCUGUCUCUGAUCCCACCUGACCGACAGGAAGAGCUUUUGGACUCCAUCUCUCCUGAAGAACUCAGCGAGUUUCUGAACAGGCCGAACACAGUCGUUAAUGGUUCUGAGCUCUGCACACUCCUCAACAACUACAAUAGAACCGAUCAGUUCCUGGAGAUGGAGCCUGUUUUGUCCUCAGCUCUGGCCAGCCACACGUUGGAGUGUGUGUGGCCUCGAGCUCUCAGUGCCUCAUCUCAGGCUGAUGUAGAACAGUGGUUUAAUGUCACCCUGGUUCACUACCUGCCCUACCUCAGUUCUCAGCUCAUCAGCGCUGCCGAACUCAGUGGCGCCUCCUGUCUGUCAUACAGGAAACUGGUGUCUAUCCUGGGGCACAACUACAAUUUUUCCGCGACUGAUUUCACCCCGGCUGAUGUGUACAGCUCUAUAAAAGUGUAUCUGAACAGCAGUGAUGGCAGCCCCCGCUGCUAUAACUCCUCAGAUCCUCUUCUGAACUCCAGUGCCUGGUUUGUUGACAACAUCGGAUUCUUCAUCACUUUCAUCAACCUCGUUGAUCUGCAAACAUUCCUAUCAGGAAGCAUGGAGAGCCGCACUGCCUGUAGCUCCAACACAUUUAUGUGUUGUUCCCGCUGCCAAGGACUCCACUGGCCUCUGACUGCCCUGCAUUGCCAUACAGCUCCCCAGCCUGCCAGGGAGGCAUCUGUGGUCACUACUUCUCUGCAAGAAGGUUUGGCCCCUAAGGGAACCCCCUGGGCUGCGCUCCAGGGCUUGCUGUGCAGCCAAGCCGAACAGUUCCCCAGGAAUAACAGGAAGAGAGCGGAGGGCUCUCCUGCAGGGUUCCAAAAGUGGAGACUGGGCCAGCCAUAUUUGGCGUCAGCAGAGGACCUGGCCAGCCACACGUUGGAGUGUGUGUGGCCUCGAGCUCUCAGUGCCUCAUCUCAGGCUGAUGUAGAACAGUGGUUUAAUGUCACCCUGGUUCACUACCUGCCCUACCUCAGUUCUCAGCUCAUCAGCGCUGCCGAACUCAGUGGCGCCUCCUGUCUGUCAUACAGGAAACUGGUGUCUGUCCUGGGGGACAACUACAAUUUUUCCGCGACUGAUUUCACCCCGGCUGAUGCGUACAGCUCUAUGAAAGUGUAUCUGAACAGCAGCGAUGGCAGCCCCCGCUGCUAUAACUCCUCAGAUCCUCUUCUGAACUCCAGUGCCUGGUUUGUUGACAACAUCGGAUUCUUCAUCACUUUCAUCAACCUCGUUGAUCUGCAAACAUUCCUAUCAGGAAGCAUGAUAAGUGUGUUCCUGGAGAACUCAGAAAAUCUUCAGCUGUUCAACAACUCAGUAAUUUCAGCUAGUGUCCUCGAGUACUAUACAACAGCGUUAUACAUCCAGAAUCCUGACUUCAGCCCACUCGGUUUGCCAGCUGAGCUGCUGUGUCAAACUCCUUCCUCCGUGUUUGUUCAUCUUGGAGAUGCAGACGUCAAGACCAUCCUGGCGAGCAUCAACAACUUCUGCACAGAAAUUAAUCCAGAGGUCACAGCGGUGCUGGUAGCAAAGUUCCCCAAUGUAUCUGCAUCCACCAUCCAAUCUUUGGGCAGCCAAUGUGUGGGCCUGACUGUGGGCCAGAUAAGCUCCGCCCCCUCCGAUGUGAUAAACAGUGCUCUGUCUACACUCGGUAACAUCAGUGGCUGGGAUCAGGGCCAAAUGAACGCUCUCAUCCGGAGCAUCAUUAGUGCAGGCUUUAAUAUCAGCAGUGCCUCCUCUCUGGUGUCCCUGGGAACACUCAUCGGUGGCGUUCCCUCUACAACCAUCUCCAACAUCCCAUCUUCUCAGCUUCUCUCCUUAUCGCAGAAUCCAACAUUCAUCAAUAACAUUCUGUCAGCACCAGUUAUUCUGCAACAGACAUUUGUCCAGAAGUUAAUCUCUGUAGACCAAACCGAAGUGAUACAGAAUGUUCCGGAUGCACUGGUGAUGUAUAUUCCACUUGUUCUACUGACAUCACUGAGCUCUGUUGACAUUUCACUCAUCAAUAACAAGAGCUGGAGUCAUGAACAGGCUAUGGUGUUGUUUGGUGCAGUGGCCAGUGGCAGUGAUAAUCCAGAAGAUCUGUCAGCAUCAGUACUGCAGGGAUUCUCCUGCAGCUCAGUUCAGACUCUCCCACAGCAAAAAAACAAAGAUCUAGUGAAAGCCUGUAGACCACGUGCAGGCAGAGACAAGGUCCUCCUGAAAGAGGCUCAGCUGACCUGCAUGUACAACUAUGUGAAAGACGAUCCAUUUGUUGACUUUACCGAUGUCCCCUCUGAUAUGCUUCUGUACUACAGCUAUGAGAAGAUACAGAAGGUGAACUGCCAGUCAUAUUUCAGUGCCCUGGGCAGAGCAGAUUUCUCUGUUCUUUCCCCUGCCCUUGACAAAAAGACCAUCCUGUUCAACGAUGCAAAGGACUGCUUGGGUAUAUCUGGCGUGAGUCUGACCAGGGAUCAGGUGGAGGUUCUAGGGAAUAUGGCCUGCACACUGGACUCCUCCUACAUCCAAAAUUCUGACCCUCUCAUUUUGGAGAAACUCAAGAACUGUGGAGAUCUAUCCGAUUCUCAGAUUACCGCUGUACAGUCACGGCUCCUCAGUGGGAACACCGCGUACGGUAAUCCCUCCACAUGGAAUGAGCAGACCGUGGAGCAACUUGGCAUCCUGGCUGUCUAUUUCAAAUCAGACCUCUGCAACACACUUAACUUUAAUGUGAAGAGGAAGUUCCUUUCAGUCCUGAGGGAGCAGAAGAUCCCUAUGUGGAAGAUAAGGACAUUCUUUAUAGAAUGCAACUCAGAAAGCGCUACAGUGAGCGACAUCACAGCGGCAACAAUUGCAGAUGCGUCAUUUCCUUUCGGCUUUAACUCCACGCAGUUCGAUCUGUAUCUGGACGUCGCUGUCCUGCAGGACAACCUGGCAGCCAUCACUGAGAAAGUGGUGGACACCAGCCUCCAGACUGUCAUUCUGAACAAGUUAAAUCAGAUUUACACAUCGGGCCUUGAUGAUGGUGUGCUGCAGCUACUGGGUUCCACUUCUCGUGUGGCCAGUAUUGAUGACAUUAGCAACUGGAACAUUACCAUAAUUGACACGCUGUCCUCUUUGAUGGACUCAAAGGAUGGACAGUGGGAACCAGAAAAGAGUAAAGCAGUGAUUAUGAGGUAUCUGAGGAUGGAUAAUCGCUCUAUGGGAAGUGCUGAAAUAAGUGUAGUUGGUUCCAACAUCUGUACUUUAGACAUCAGUGUACUGGAAAAUAUCUCUGCUGAGAGCCUAAAGGCGCUCCUGUCUCCAGAUCUGUCCUCAUGUUCCAUCGAACAGAAAUCUGCUCUGUACAUCAUCGCCAACUCUUCAUUCAGCAAUCAACGCAGCAAUGCCAUGACAUACUACCAACUCAUGAGUCCUUACCUGGGUGGAGCUCCUGUAGAGGAUAUACAAGCUCUUUCUGCCCUGAACAUCAGCAUGGACAUCACCAUAUUCAUGAGUCUGAACCCUGCUGUUCUCCAGAUCCUGAAUGUGAGCACAGUUAGGUAUCUAAUGGGGGUAAACAUAGUUGAUCUGAAGCUGUUUGAGAACUCCUCAGUGGUUCAGUCCUGGGUGUCACAACAGGACCAAUCUGAUCUGAACACGCUGAAUCUUGGCAUCAUCAACCACAACCCUUGUCAGGGUGUAGACAUUUACCCACUAGAAAGCGAGUUUGCAUCUGGAAUUGUUUCUGUAGUACUGUGCAACUUCAGCAUCCCUGACUAUGCGUGUUCAUCAGUUGUUCUGUCCUCUGAUGAUCUGGUCACACUGCUCACAUGCACACUGGAACGUAGCGUGAACUACUCUAAAGAAGCAUGGACGCUUUUCUUCCAGAAUUUUGCUGGACCUUUGGAUGAAACACUGGACAAGUUUUCAAACAUGACCCACAGCAGCGUUCAAUCUGACCCAAAACUACUUGAUGCCAUCGGGGAGGUGAUAAUCAAGAACUUCACCACGGCACAGCUGAUGAAUGCCACUUUCAUCACCGAAUGGUUCCAGAUGAGACUCAGACCAUUUUUGUCAUCCGUUUCCACAGACUUUUUGUCCAGCCUCAGUUCCAAAACCUUCAGCUGUGAGAGCUACCAAAAUGUGGUGGAAGCUCUCAGUAGUCAAGAAUCACUCAUGACAGAGGAACAGAAGCAGUUGGUCUUUACUUCCUUCAUCUUUCCCUUCCUGUCAAGAAGGGAGCUGCCAGACCCUGGCUGUGUUUCCAACACUUCUAGCAGCAUUAACUGGCUUGAAAAGAACCUUGGCAAUUUCUCCAAUUAUGCGUCUUUGGAAGAGCUGAAAAUUCUAAAUGCAAAUUUCUCUAGUGUUGCAGUGUUAGGCCUACUGUCCAGUGAGCAGAAGGCACAGUUCAUCUUGCAGCCGGAUUCAGGAGUGUUGGGAAAUGACUCUGUGUUUAGAGAGGUGUUUAGCAGUGUGAUCACAUCUUUAGAUCUGAAUCAACUUGGUGGCUUUUUCACAGCCUUCAAUCAGACUGCAAUACAAAUGAACUUGACCAGCAUUCCUCCAACAAUAUCAGACACCAUUCUGAACAUGACGCUCUUGUAUCUGGUGCCUCACUUCCAAAGUUUCAGCCCAGACGACUUUGCCCUGUGGUUCCAGACUUACCUUUCCUUCUUCCUUCCUGGGAUUGGUCCAAACACCCUGUCCAUCAUCCCCAUGAACAUCAGCUGUGACUCCUACAGAGAGAUAGUGAAAGGACUUGAUAAUGUGUACAGUGACCUCUCUGCAGCACAGUCCAACAUUGUCUUCAAUUACACACAAGACUAUCUCAAGUACCAGUCCAGCCAAGGCCUGAGCUGCUAUGACAGCGGUAGCUUCUACAUGUUCCUGAAAGAGCUGUUCCUCAGUUUUGGAUUCCCCGACCUGAAGGAUUUCCUGUCUCUGAUCCCACCUGACCGACAGGAAGAGCUUUUGGACUCCAUCUCUCCUGAAGAACUCAGCGAGUUUCUGAACAGGCCGAACACAGUCGUUAACGGUUCUGAGCUCUGCACACUCCUCAACAACUACAAUAGAACCGAUCAGUUCCUGGAGAUGGAGCCUGUUUUGUCCUCAGACCUGGCCAGCCACACGUUGGAGUGUGUGUGGCCUCGAGCUCUCAGUGCCUCAUCUCAGGCUGAUGUAGAACAGUGGUUUAAUGUCACCCUGGUUCACUACCUGCCCUACCUCAGUUCUCAGCUCAUCAGCGCUGCCGAACUCAGUGGCGCCUCCUGUCUGUCAUACAGGAAACUGGUGUCUGUCCUGGGGGACAACUACAAUUUUUCCGCGACUGAUUUCACCCCGGCUGAUGCGUACAGCUCUAUGAAAGUGUAUCUGAACAGCAGCGAUGGCAGCCCCCGCUGCUAUAACUCCUCAGAUCCUCUUCUGAACUCCAGUGCCUGGUUUGUUGACAACAUCGGAUUCUUCAUCACUUUCAUCAACCUCGUUGAUCUGCAAACAUUCCUAUCAGGAAGCAUGAUAAGUGUGUUCCUGGAGAACUCAGAAAAUCUUCAGCUGUUCAACAACUCAGGAAUUUCAGCUAGUGUCCUCGAGUACUAUACAACAGCGUUAUACAUCCAGAAUCCUGACUUCAGCCCACUCGGUUUGCCAGCUGAGCUGCUGUGUCAAACUCCUUCCUCCGUGUUUGUUCAUCUUGGAGAUGCAGACGUCAAGACCAUCCUGGCGAGCAUCAACAACUUCUGCACAGAAAUUAAUCCAGAGGUCACAGCGGUGCUGGUAGCAAAGUUCCCCAAUGUAUCUGCAUCCACCAUCCAAUCUUUGGGCAGCCAAUGUGUGGGCCUGACUGUGGGCCAGAUAAGCUCCGCCCCCUCCGAUGUGAUAAACAGUGCUCUGUCUACACUCGGUAACAUCAGUGGCUGGGAUCAGGGCCAAAUGAACGCUCUCAUCCGGAGCAUCAUUAGUGCAGGCUUUAAUAUCAGCAGUGCCUCCUCUCUGGUGUCCCUGGGAACACUCAUCGGUGGCGUUCCCUCUACAACCAUCUCCAACAUCCCAUCUUCUCAGCUUCUCUCCUUAUCGCAGAAUCCAACAUUCAUCAAUAACAUUCUGUCAGCACCAGUUAUUCUGCAACAGACAUUUGUCCAGAAGGUAAUCUCUGUAGACCAAACCGAAGUGAUACAGAAUGUUCCGGAUGCACUGGUGAUGUAUAUUCCACUUGUUCUACUGACAUCACUGAGCUCUGUUGACAUUUCACUCAUCAAUAACAAGAGCUGGAGUCAUGAACAGGCUAUGGUGUUGUUUGGUGCAGUGGCCAGUGGCAGUGAUAAUCCAGAAGAUCUGUCAGCAUCAGUACUGCAGGGAUUCUCCUGCAGCUCAGUUCAGACUCUCCCACAGCAAAAAAACAAAGAUCUAGUGAAAGCCUGUAGACCACGUGCAGGCAGAGACAAGGUCCUCCUGAAAGAGGCUCAGCUGACCUGCAUGUACAACUAUGUGAAAGACGAUCCAUUUGUUGACUUUACCGAUGUCCCCUCUGAUAUGCUUCUGUACUACAGCUAUGAGAAGAUACAGAAGGUGAACUGCCAGUCAUAUUUCAGUGCCCUGGGCAGAGCAGAUUUCUCUGUUCUUUCCCCUGCCCUUGACAAAAAGACCAUCCUGUUCAACGAUGCAAAGGACUGCUUGGGUAUAUCUGGCGUGAGUCUGACCAGGGAUCAGGUGGAGGUUCUAGGGAAUAUGGCCUGCACACUGGACUCCUCCUACAUCCAAAAUUCUGACCCUCUCAUUUUGGAGAAACUCAAGAACUGUGGAGAUCUAUCCGAUUCUCAGAUUACCGCUGUACAGUCACGGCUCCUCAGUGGGAACACCGCGUACGGUAAUCCCUCCACAUGGAAUGAGCAGACCGUGGAGCAACUUGGCAUCCUGGCUGUCUAUUUCAAAUCAGACCUCUGCAACACACUUAACUUUAAUGUGAAGAGGAAGUUCCUUUCAGUCCUGAGGGAGCAGAAGAUCCCUAUGUGGAAGAUAAGGACAUUCUUUAUAGAAUGCAACUCAGAAAGCGCUACAGUGAGCGACAUCACAGCGGCAACAAUUGCAGAUGCGUCAUUUCCUUUCGGCUUUAACUCCACGCAGUUCGAUCUGUAUCUGGACGUCGCUGUCCUGCAGGACAACCUGGCAGCCAUCACUGAGAAAGUGGUGGACACCAGCCUCCAGACUGUCAUUCUGAACAAGUUAAAUCAGAUUUACACAUCGGGCCUUGAUGAUGGUGUGCUGCAGCUACUGGGUUCCACUUCUCGUGUGGCCAGUAUUGAUGACAUUAGCAACUGGAACAUUACCAUAAUUGACACGCUGUCCUCUUUGAUGGACUCAAAGGAUGGACAGUGGGAACCAGAAAAGAGUAAAGCAGUGAUUAUGAGGUAUCUGAGCAUGGAUAAUCGCUCUAUGGGAAGUGCUGAAAUAAGUGUAGUUGGUUCCAACAUCUGUACUUUAGACAUCAGUGUACUGGAAAAUAUCUCUGCUGAGAGCCUAAAGGCGCUCCUGUCUCCAGAUCUGUCCUCAUGUUCCAUCGAACAGAAAUCUGCUCUGUACAUCAUCGCCAACUCUUCAUUCAGCAAUCAACGCAGCAAUGCCAUGACAUACUACCAACUCAUGAGUCCUUACCUGGGUGGAGCUCCUGUAGAGGAUAUACAAGCUCUUUCUGCCCUGAACAUCAGCAUGGACAUCACCAUAUUCAUGAGUCUGAACCCUGCUGUUCUCCAGAUCCUGAAUGUGAGCACAGUUAGGUAUCUAAUGGGGGUAAACAUAGCUGAUCUGAAGCUGUUUGAGAACUCCUCAGUGGUUCAGUCCUGGGUGUCACAACAGGACCAAUCUGAUCUGAACACGCUGAAUCUUGGCAUCAUCAACCACAACCCUUGUCAGGGUGUAGACAUUUACCCACUAGAAAGCGAGUUUGCAUCUGGAAUUGUUUCUGCAGUACUGUGCAACUUCAGCAUCCCUGACUAUGCGUGUUCAUCAGUUGUUCUGUCCUCUGAUGAUCUGGUCACGCUGCUCACAUGCACAAUGGAACGUAGCGUGAAGUACUCUAAAGAAGCAUGGAUGCUUUUCUUCCAGAAUUUUGCUGGACCUUUGGAUGAAGCACUGGACAAGUUUUCAAACAUGACCCACAGCAGCGUUCAAUCUGACCCAAAACUACUUGAUGCCAUCGGGGAGGUGAUAAUCAAGAACUUCACCACGGCACAGCUGAUGAAUGCCACUUUCAUCACAGAGUGGUUCCAGAUGAGACUCAGACCAUUUUUGUCAUCAGUUUCCAGAGACUUUUUGUCCAGCCUCAGUUCGAAAACCUUCAGCUGUGAGAGCUACCAAAUGUUUGACUGUAGUAGUAAAGGUUGGUCUGUGGAUUUUGUUGGAGAGAGCAGGCAGCUGCUGUACCACUGUCUCUUUGUUGUCCUUGUGGACCUGGUGUGA